AACUUACUUUAAUUUCCUAUAAAUACCAAUAUUAUAACUACAAAAUACUGAGAGCUAGGAAAGCAUGGCAGUGAAGGCUCUUCUCCUUGUGCUAUAUGGUGCAAUUUUACUCAGCAUGAAUCCGGUGGACAUAAUAAGCGCUAAAGCUUGCCCACUAUACUGCUUACAGGUGGAGUAUAUGACUUGCCCAUCUUCGGGUGAAAAUAAACUUAAUCCAAAGUGCAACUGUUGUUUAGCUCCAAAGAACUGCACUCUUCACCUUGCAGAUGGGACUUCGGUCUAUUGUAAGGGAAAUUGAAAAAUUGGACUAUUGUAACUUGUAUGUUGCAUUCAGAGUCCGAAUAAAUAAGCUUUUUUUUUUUUUUUUUUUUUUUGAGAAGAAGAAUAAAUAAGCUAUUAAUUACUAUUUACAAUUUCAUAUAUUGGAAUAAUAAUUGCGUUCACUAGUUA